AUGGACAAGGUCGUUGGGAUACUAGGCGGCGGCCAGCUAGGCCGUAUGCUCGGUGCCGCCGCGUCGCUCCUCAACAUCGACGUUGUCGUUCUCGAUGUUGGUGACCACGGUCCCGCCAAGCAGGUCCUCGCGCCCCGUACUCCCGCGCUCGCGCACAUCGAUGGCGCAUUCACCGACCCUGUCAAGAUCCGCGAACUUGCAGCAAAGGUCGACGUCCUCACUGUGGAGAUAGAGCAUGUGGGAGUUGACGUCCUGGAAGAAGUGGAGAGCAAAGUCCCGCUCGGCGUUCACCCCAGCCCGUCUACGAUUCGCGUGAUCCAGGACAAGUACGCGCAAAAGGUGCAUUUGCAAGCCGCUGGGUGCGCCAUUUCCGACUUCAUGCCCGUCGACGCGAAUGUUGCCUCUAUCCGUGCCGCCGCGGAAAAGCUUGGCCUGCCCCUCAUGCUCAAGAGCCGCACACUCGCUUACGAUGGUCGCGGCAACUACGUGCUCCGCGACGUCGCUCACGCCGAAGAGGCCAUCGCCGCGCUCGGAGGACGGUCGUUGUAUGCGGAGAAGUGGGUACCCUUCGUGAAGGAAAUCGCGGUCAUGGUCGUGCGUUCGCGCGAUGGGCAGGUCGCGUCGUACCCGGCCGUUGAAACGGUACACCAAAACAACAUCUGUCACCUCGUCUUCGCCCCCCUGCGCAGCAACGACCCUUCUAUCGCGGCCAGAGCACGGACCGUAGCGGAGAUCGCGGUCAAGACAUUGCAGGGUGCAGGCGUCUUCGGUGUGGAGAUGUUUCUCAUGGCAGAUGAGACCGUGUACCUUAACGAGAUCGCACCACGGCCACACAACUCGGGCCACUACACCAUUGAAGCAUGCGAGACAUCGCAGUACGAGAACCACCUCCGCGCGAUCCUCAACCUCCCUCUUGGAUCCACCGCCCUCAAAGUCCCUUCUGCAUGCAUGCUCAACAUCCUAGGCGCAUCCUCUUCCCUCCCCGACGUUACUUCCUUCGCGCAACUCGCGCUCACCGUCCCGGGGGCGCGCGUCCAUCUCUACGGCAAGGCAGAGUGCCGCGCCGGGCGCAAGAUGGGGCACAUCACCAUCGUCGCGCCUUCCGACGCAGAGCUUGCGAUCCGCCUACGCCCGCUUCUGGAGCACCUCCCUCGCUCUUCCCUCGAGCUCAGCACGUUCGCCCCUGUCUCCCCACAACGCGGGUUUUCGCACAAGCGCCCGCUGGUUGGGGUCAUCAUGGGCUCGGACUCGGACCUGCCUGUGAUGCUUCCCGCGGCCGACAUGCUCGUCCGCUUUGGGAUCCCCCAUGAACUCACGAUCGUCUCCGCCCAUCGCACGCCCGACCGGCUCGUCGAAUACGCUCGCUCCGCGUCUGCGCGGGGGUUGCGUGUAAUCAUUGCUGGGGCAGGAGGAGCGGCGCAUCUACCUGGCAUGGUCGCAGCGAUGACAGGGUUGCCUGUUAUUGGCGUGCCGGUGAAGGGGAGCACGCUGGAUGGCGUAGACUCUCUUCACAGUAUCGUCCAGAUGCCGCGAGGCAUCCCGGUCGCAACUGUUGCGAUCAACAAUGGGAUGAACGCAGGGCUGCUCGCAGUCCGCAUCCUCUCAGCCGGUCAAGCUGAGUUCAUCGCCGCGAUGGAAGGGUAUAUGAAAUCAAUGGAGAGCGAGGUGCUAGGGAAGGUAGACAAGAUUGCAGAGAUGGGCUGGGAGGAAUAUGAGAAGGCAAGAAAGGCACACUGA